GUUCAACUACAGUACCCACACGUCACUGUAGAGCGGCUGCUUAUCCGGGGGUGUCUCACCACUGCUGUGUUUCUCCAGUCUAGCGCUCACUCCUUUUUAGCGGAUUGGCACAACAGGGUAGGAUUACGAGAAGGAAUAAAAAACAUAACCAAAAAUGGCAGAGCUUGGAGCGGGGAGCCUGCUAACAGGAGAUCCUGCUUUUAAUUAUCAAGAGCAUGAGCUAAACGAGCGUUUGAAGCGGCUGUACCCGGCCGUGAAUGAGGAAGAAACCCCCUUACCCCGAUCUUGGAGCCCCAAGGAUAAAUACAGCUACAUCGGGCUCUCACAGAAUAAUCUGCGGGUGCAUUACAAAGGCCAUGGAAAAAACCACAAGGAUGCGGCAUCCGUUCGGGCCACCCAUCCCAUCCCCGCCGCCUGUGGCAUCUAUUAUUUUGAGGUGAAGAUCAUAAGCAAAGGAAGGGAUGGGUACAUGGGAAUUGGACUGUCAGCCCAAGGGGUCAAUAUGAACAGACUGCCAGGUUGGGACAAGCACUCAUAUGGUUACCAUGGUGACGAUGGACACUCCUUUUGCUCCUCAGGGACUGGCCAACCGUAUGGCCCAACCUUCACAACGGGCGAUGUUAUUGGCUGCUGUGUGAACCUCAUCAAUAACACAUGCUUUUACACCAAAAACGGACACAGUUUAGGUGUGGCUUUCACGGAUCUCCCACCUAACCUGUACCCCACAGUAGGGCUGCAGACUCCUGGUGAGGUUGUAGAUGCUAACUUUGGCCAACAGCCUUUUAUGUUUGACAUUGAGGACUACAUGAGCGAAUGGAGGGCCAAGAUCCACAGCAUGAUUGCCCGCUUUCCCAUCGGAGAAAGACUGGGAGAUUGGCAGGCAGUGCUACAAAACAUGGUGUCCAGCUACCUGGUCCAUCAUGGGUAUUGUGCCACAGCAAUGGCCUUCGCCAGAGCCACAGAGACCAUGAUCCAAGAGGACCAAACCUCAAUAAAAAAUAGACAGAGAAUACAGAAGCUGGUAUUGGCAGGCCGUGUUGGAGAAGCCAUUGAAGCUACACAGCAGUUGUACCCCAGCCUCCUAGAACACAACCCCAAUUUACUCUUCAUGUUGAAGUGUCGGCAGUUUGUAGAGAUGGUGAAUGGUACAGAUAGUGAGGUACGGUGCUUUAGCGUCCACUCUCCUAAAUCCCAGGACAGCUAUCCCGGAUCCCCAAACCUGAGCCCACGGCACGGAGCCACCAACGCUCACUUGCACAACACAGGAGCAGACAGUCCCACAUGCAGUAACGGGGUCACCCCUACUAAUAAAAAUAAGAGCCACAGCAAAUACACUGGUGUAAGCUCUGCCUCCUCCUCUCCAUCCUCCUCCCCCUCCUACUCAGAGUCCAACUCUACCGACUCCACCAAGUCCCAGCCUCACAGUGCCACCAGCAAUCAGGAGACUAGGUCUGCUGAUAGUGAGAUGGAGAUUGAGGUAGAACACUACAGUAAUGGCGUGACAGAAAGCUCAACUCGUAUUAUGAAUGGCACAUACAAACACCAGGAAAUCCUGCAGGCGGAUGACAACAGUGUUGGCAAUGGAGUAGCAGACGACAGCUGCAGCUCAAGACAGCUUUGUGGAGGAAACCAAGCAGCCACGGAGAGAAUGAUCCAGUUUGGCAGAGAGCUUCAGACCCUCAGCGAGCAGCUUUGUCGCCAGUAUGGCAAGAACGCCACUCACAAAAAGAUGCUGCAGGAUGCAUUCAGUCUGCUGGCGUACUCAGACCCCUGGAACUGCCCCGUGGGCAAGCAGCUGGACCCCAUGCAGAGAGAGGCGAUCUGCUCUGCUCUCAACAGUGCUAUUCUGGAGUCUCAGAACCUGCCCAAGCAGCCUCCUCUCAUGCUAGCCCUGGGUCAGGCCACCGAGUGUGUGCAGCUGAUGGCCAGGGUCCGCUCUGGAUCCUGCUCCUUUGCCAGAGUGGACAACUUUUUGCACUAGCGCCAGUCCAGGCAGUGAUACGGACAGCUAAGAAGAGGACUUUUCCAAUUGGUUGCCAUGAUGAGAGCACGUGUUUGAAAUGGUGUGUCGCUUGCCGUUUGCCAGAAGCAGCCGAGCAGAAUGAAUAGAAACAUGAGAAGAGAGGCUUCUUUUUAAUUUAGUAUUAUCAAAACAAAUUGUGUGACACUAUUUAAAGAUAAUUAAUUAUUCUGUUUAUCUAGUCAUUUUUAUUUUAGUUUAUAUUUUGUCCGUUUGUUGUGCUCAUUAUGAAACAAAUCAACUUCCCAACUUGUUUUUCUUUUUCAUGGGUGAAUUCAGUGCAAAGUAUUUCAAGCAUACCAUAUCACUGAUAUACAUAAUGGUAAGUUCCUACUGAAAAUAUGAGCUACACACUCUGGUUUUCUCGGUCAGAGCUCAGGUAUUUAGACAAAUGUUUUGUCGUCAGAAAGAGAUAUUUGCAGAAACAGGUGUUGCUUGACCAGACCAUACUGUGUGGUUUAAAGCAGAUCCUUUUCUGUGUACAAGAAAAUUGUGUAGGAUUUUUUUUUUUUUUAUUGGUCAACCUUAGCCACCCCUUUAGGAAUUAGAUGGACAUUGAUGUUUUGUGUACAGGAGUUUUCAUGUGCCCUGGCAAUGUGUUCAUUGGAGUAUAAGUGUGUGAGAUAAUGCAUGGCUCCUAGCAUCUCACCUUUUAAGCUACCUUAGGAUCUCAGGCACCAGCACAACUUUCAUUAGACACAAUCACACAGUGACGACGCAGACUUACCUUUGGGUCCAAUGUAGGUGAAUGAUAUUUUGAACCGUAGAUGUUUUCCCAAAAUAAAUCUAUUUUACCGAUAUUUUACCAUCUUUAUAGCAGUGGGUAUCAUGCAAACUUUUUUUAAGUUAGGUAUAUUGAAGUUAACCUGUGGUUUUCUGAUUUUGUGGCUGUACCAAAUAAAAACGUAACGUUUUUGACAGAAAAUUAAGGUCAGUAGUUUGAUUACUGAAAAGCUCCACCGAAGCUUGCGAACUAACUUAUACUUACUUAUUCUGUAAGUUUUAUACCCAUGUGAAUAGUGUCACUGUGUUGAUGGUUUUCCUGUUAGAUUAAUGAGUACAGGCUGACACCAUUUCAACAUUCAUUGUUAGUCGUUUCAUUGACUGUUAAGUACUGUUGUUAAAGUUUUGUUACCAUUCGAUGCACUGUACUUCAAUUAAUGCACAUGAAGCAUUACUGUAUCUGUCUACCUCUCCUGUUCAGUAACGGAGGGAUAGAGUAGGAGCUUGCUGCAUGCAAGACAGUUGACUGACCCAAGGUUCCUGCAAAUGAAUGAAAAACGUCAAUACGAUUGAUUGCAAAAAACAAACAAACAGUGUAUUUAUUUAGUUAUUAGAACAUCUCCUUGCUUAAGAACUUCACUGCGACCUCAUAUCCGUGUUAUUGUUUUGUUCAUUUCCCCUAGCUCACAACAAUCUCUACUUGGCUUUUAUAAGUACAGUAUAUAAGUGGGAUAUUAACAAUAGCUCAGGCACUUAACGCUUCACUCUUUUAUUUCCUUCUAGAGGUGUAUUCUCUGUUGGACGUGCCGUCACUCUUCUAAGCUUUUCUUUUAAUCUGAUUCCAUAAAGGAAAAAUUGUCAAUCUUUUCCAUGACAACCCAACAUUUCACUCAGCCAGCAUGCCACCAUGGUGUUGAAUGUAGCUUAGCCAAUUUUAACCCUCAUUUUAUGUCCUACAUUUUUGCUGCUGGCCAUCAUGAGAUUGUUACAUUCCCUUAUUUACAUCUGCUUUUUAAACUUAUACCUCAUUUACUCUUUGGACAGUGCUGUCUAGCUUGUUGUAUCAUGUCAGGCAUUCACAUAGAAGAUCUGUGUAGUGCAGUAAACAUUUUGGUACAGUAGGUCACUGAGGUCAGAGGUCCCAGGCUCAACCUUGCACGUUACUCUUAAAUAUUGAAAAUGAACUCGACCUUUUCUUUUUUGAGCUACGUCUAUGGGGGCUAGAAGUAAAAUCAUGGAUUAAACUCUAUGGCGCCCCGUCAAUUCACAAAUCCUCAUCACUAAUAAUCGCAGUCAACUAAUUUAUUAAUUUUACUUAAAAAGAUAGGUCAAUUUGAUUGUUUAAAAAAAAACAAAAUGUUAUCCCCUUUUUCUCCCAAUUUGGAAUGCCCAAUUCUCACUACUUAGUAGGUCCUCGUGGUGGCGCAGUUACUCACCUCAAUCCGGGUGGUAGAGGACAAGUCUCAGCUGCAUCCGCUUCUGAGACAGUCAAUCCACGCAUCUUAUCACGUGGCUCGUUGUGCAUGACACCACUGAGACUCACAGCAUGUGGAGGCUCAUGCUACUCUCCGCGAUCCACACGCAACUUACCACGUGCCUUAUUGAGAGCGAGAACCCCUAAUCGCGACCACGAGGAGGUUACCCCAUGCAACUCUACCCUCCCUAGCAACCGGGCCAAUUUGGUUACUUAGGAGACUUGGCUGGAGUUACUCAGCACACCCUGGAUUCGAACUCACGACUCCAGGGGUGGUAGUCAGCGUCAAUACUCGCUGAGAUACCCAGGCCCCCUAAGGUCAAUUCGAUUGUUAAAGGGAUAGUUCACCCAAAAAUGAAAAUUCUCUCAUCAUUUAAUUGCCCUCAUGCCAUCACAGAUGUGUCUGACUUUCUUUCUUCCGCACCCACACCUAUCAUAUCAUUUCUGAAAAUAUGGAUUAAAUAUGGAGUUGUAUAGAUUUUAUGAUACGUUUAUGUGCUUUUUGGAGUGUCAAAAUUUUGGCACCCAUUCACUUGCAUUGUAUGGACCUACAGAGCUGAAAUAUUCUUCUAAAAAUCUUCAUUUGUGUUCUGUGGAUUAAAGAAAGUCAUACACAUCUGGUAUGCAGGAGGGUGAGUACAUGAUAAAAGAAUUUUCAUUUUUGGGUGAACUAUCCCUUUCAGUGGUGGUAUUUUAAUGCAUGGGGAUAUCAUGCGUAACUUUUUACACAGCCAUAAAUGUUGGAAGUUGACACAAACUUUUGUGUCUAAUACUUUUAUUGACCUUUAAGUAUGGUAAUAGAUCUUUGUUAUAGGAUGGCUUUUUAAUGUCAAAUAUGUUUUGGAUCAUAGUCUAACCACCUAAAAUGUAUAUUGUUGUUUUAAAAAUAAUCCAUCAUAGAACUAAAUAUUGGCUUUAAAUAGGGACCUACGUACAUGAAGUAUAUGGAAGGGAAGAAAGUAGCCAAUAUCCUUCUUGUCAAGAUCUUCUUUGUCAUGUGGUGAAAUUCCUGCCUGAAAUGACAAGGAGCAGGUCAAAUGGAAUGGAGUAUAGCAAGCUGUGCACAAUUUACUUCUAUUAUAAUUAUAAUUUUAUUUGAGUUUUCUUUUUGCAAUUUUGAAAUGAGUUACCCUCUACUUAGCAUGAACCUUUAAAAAAAAAAAGCAUAAAAAAGUAAAACAAUUUUUAAAAAGGAAAAAAAAGAGACAUGCCUAUGUACUGGAAACAUGAUAAAGAAAUAUUGUACUCAUUUAAUUUUAACAGAAUUAUUUUUAUUAAAAUACACAUCCAUGAG